CCAUUUUCCCUCCGCUCUUUUAAAACUCUCUGCCUUUCCAUAAGCAUCUCCUUCCUCAAACUUUACUCUCUCUCUCUACAAAAAAGUUCCCAAAAGGGUGAACGCAAAUGAGGAAAUUUUUCAGUCGGGGUUCGAGCGGCGAUUCGCCGCAGCAGCAAGCGUCUCCGUCUCCGUCUCCGGAGCCGUCUCCUUCUUUUCGCUUACCCGUGACUUCCAAUAUGACAGUAGGACCUGCUAGGCCGAUCCGCUUCAUAUACUAUGACGAAAAAGGCAAGUUCCAAAUGGAUCCAGAGGCUGUCGCCGUGCUUCAGCUCGUCAAAGAGCCCGUCGGCGUUGUCUCCGUCUGUGGUCGUGCCCGUCAAGGCAAGAGUUUCAUACUAAAUCAGCUUCUUGGGAGGAGUAGUGGGUUUCAAGUUGCAGCAACUCAUCGGCCAUGUACCAAAGGCAUUUGGCUGUGGAGCGCACCUUUGAAGAGAACUGCUCUUGAUGGAACAGAGUACAAUCUUUUACUCUUGGACACUGAAGGAAUUGAUGCCUAUGAUCAAACUGGAACAUAUAGUACACAAAUAUUCUCCUUGGCUGUCCUCCUAUCAAGCUUGUUCAUAUACAACCAGAUGGGUGGCAUUGAUGAAGCUGCACUAGAUCGCCUCUCUCUUGUUACUGAAAUGACUAAGCAUAUUCGUGUCAGAGCCAGUGGAACAGGGAGUACAGCUUCCGAGCUUGGGCAGUUUUCUCCAAUUUUUAUGUGGCUUCUCAGGGAUUUUUAUUUGGACUUGGUGGAGGAUAAUAGGAAAAUAACACCUCGUGACUACUUAGAGCUUGCUCUCAGACCAGUCCAAGGCGGCGCUAGAGAUAUAACUGCCAAAAAUGAGAUUCGCGAGUCCAUUCGAGCUCUUUUUCCAGACAGAGAAUGCUUUACUCUUGUUAGGCCUUUGAGCAACGAAAAUGAUCUCCAACGACUAGACCAAAUUGCUCUGGACAAAUUACGACCAGAAUUUAGAACUGGUCUUGAUGCUUUGACUAGAUUUGUGUUUGAGAGGACAAGGCCUAAGCAAGUAGGAGCGACGGUAAUGACAGGGCCCAUUCUUGCUCGCAUCACUCAGUCCUUCCUAGAUGCUCUUAAUAAAGGAGCAGUGCCAACAAUAACAUCCUCAUGGCAGAGCGUUGAAGAAACUGAGUGUCAAAGAGCAUUUGAUGUGGCUACUGAAGUUUAUAUGUCUUCAUUUGACCGUUCGAAGCCUCCUGAGGAAGCUGCGCUUAGAGAAGCACAUGAAGAUGCUGUUCAAAAAGCUGUGGCUGCGUUUAAUGCUACUGCUGUAGGGGGUGGUUCGACUAGGCAGAAGUAUGAGAAGCGUUUUCAGACCUUCAUUAAAAAAGCAUUUGAGGAUAUUAAGAAGGAUGCUUUCAGGGAAGCUUAUCUGCAGUGUUCAAAUGCCAUACAGAAUAUGGAUAGGGAACUUAGAAGUGCUUGCCAUGCUGCAGAUGCAAAAGUAGAUAAUGUCCUUAAGGUUCUUGAUGGCCUUCUAUCCAAAUAUGAAUCCAGUUGUCAUGGUCCAGAAAAAUGGAAAAAGCUGACUAUUUUCUUGCAACAGAGUUUGGAGGGUCCAAUUAAUGACCUCAUUAAGAAACAAAUAGAUCGAAUUGGAUCAGAGAAGAGUUCUCUUUCAUUGAAGUGCCGUUCAAUUGAAGAUAGGAUGAAUUUGCUGAACAAACAAUUUGAAACUGCUGAGCAGCAAAAGUCUGAAUAUUUGAAGCGUUAUGAAGAUGCCAUCAACGACAAGAAGAAGCUUGCUGAUGAUUACAUGAAUCGCAUAACCAAUUUGCAGGGCAAAUGCAGUUCUUUGGAAGAGAGAUGUUCCAGCAUAUCAAGAACAUUGGAGUCAGUGAAGCAGGAGUCAACAGAAUGGAAGAGGAAGUAUGAGCAGCUCUUGUAUAAGCAAAAGGCUGAAGAAGACCAAGUAAAUUCUGAAAUUCAAAUUCUUAAAUCCAAAAGUCAUGCUGCUGAAGCUAGGCUGGCUGCUGCUCAUGAACAAGCUCAGUCUGCCCGAGAAGAGGCAGAGGAGUGGAAGCGGAAAUAUGACAUUGCUGUGAAAGAAACUAAAAAUGCCCUUGAGAAGGCUGCCACUGUGCAAGAACGGACCAAUAAGCAAACCCAACAUAGAGAAGAUGCUCUUAGGGCUGAAUUUGCCAGUACCUUGGCUGAGAAGGAAGAGGAAGUAAAGGAAAAGGCAUCUAGACUUGAGCAUGCUGAUCAGCGUUUGGCUACUAUCAAUGUAGACCUAAAGGCUGCUGAAUCAAAGAUGAAGAACUAUGAACUUGAAAUAUCGGGCUUGAAACGAGAACUGAAGGAGUUAAAUGAAAGGCUAGAAAAUUCCAAUGCUACUGCACAGUCAUUUGAAAGAGAAGCAAGGCUUCUGGAGCAGCAAAAAGUUCAUUUGGAGCAGAAGUACCGAUCUGAAUUCAGCAGAUUUGAGGAGGUCCAGGAAAGAUGUAAAUCUGCUGAAAGAGAGGCUAAAAGAGCAACAGAGUUGGCUGACCAGGCUAGAGCUGAAGCAGUUGCUGCUCAAAAAGAGAAGAGUGAGAUCCAAAGAACUGCAAUGGAGAGAUUGGCUCAGAUAGAGAGAGCAGAGAGGCACCUGGAAAGCUUAGAAAGGCAGAAACUGGAUCUCACCAAUGAAGUGGAGAAAUAUCGUGCUUCAGGGAUGGAUGCACUGGCCAAAGUUGAAAUGCUGGAGGCGCGAGUGGGAGAAAGGGAGAAAGAAAUAGAGUCACUGUUGGAAUCGAAUAAUGAAGAGAGGACUAGCACAGUUCAAGUACUGGAGAAGUUGUUGGAUACCGAACGUGCGGCACGUGCGGAAGCAAACAAUAGGGCUCAGGCGCUCUCUGUUCAGCUGCAAGCCACACAAGGGAAGCUUGACAUGCUUCAGCAACAGUUGACUGCAAUGCGACUAAAUGAAACAGCAUGGGAUGGUAAGUUGAAGACUGCAUCACAUGGAAAACGAGUGAGAGUGGAAGACUAUGAACUAGGGGUUGAGUCCAUUCACGAUGUGGGCGCUAAUGAUAAAGCAAGUAGAGGAAACAAGAGGUCUAAGAGUACUAGUAGCCCUCUGAAAUUCAGCACUCCCGAAGAUGGUGGUUCAGUAUAUAGGGGUGAUGAAGAUACCCAUAGCCAGCAGACUAACACUGAAGACUAUACCAAGUUUACUAUACAAAGACUGAAACAGGAGUUGACUAAACAUAAUUUUGGAGACGAGCUGCUACAGUUGAAGAAUCCAAACAAAAAAGACAUCUUAGCUCUGUAUGAGAAGUGUGUUCUUCAAAAAUCAUAGAUUUGGAGGCUAGCUUAGUACAGGUAGAGAAAUUAUUAGGAGGUGCUUUCAGACCAGGAUUUGUUGGUCUCUUUGGAUGUGGCAGUAGAUGCUUCUUCGUAUUGAAUUCUGUUAAUUUGCGUUCUUGCUUGACAGUCACUGUCUUUAGCUCAGUGUGUAAUUAUGUGCUCGGAAAAUAGUUUUUGGCUUGUUACUGUGAACUGUAACCUGUGUAACCAUAUCAAAUUGACUUCAAACAGACAAAAGUAGGUGCCAUUAGAUGUAGGUCGUUCUUUGUUGAUAUUACAUGAAAUUGUUUCCCCGUUUAACUUAAA